AUGGCCGCCCCCGCGCCGCAGCCGCAGCCGCCUCCCCCCGAGGGCUUGCCCUGGCCCCUGAGCCUCCUGCCCGCGCCCCUGGGGCUGCUGCGCCUGGACCCCACGGGCGGCGCGCUGCUGCUGCUCGGCCUGACCGCGCUGCUCGGCUGGAGCUGGGUGCGGCGCUGCCGGCCGCCGGGCAUCCCCCCCGGGCCCACGCCCUGGCCGGUGGUGGGCAACUUCGGCUUCGUGCUGAUGCCGCUCUUCCUCCGCGGGAGGUCCUGGGUGAAUUUAGGGAGGAGUAUGCCAAACCUGGACCCAUCCAUGCCGGCCUCGCAGGUGAUGCUGACCAACCUGGCCAAGGUCUACGGCAACAUCUACAGCUUCUUCGUGGGCCCCUUCCUGGUGGUGGUCCUCAAUGACUUCCACAGCGUGCGCGAGGCGCUGGUGCAGCAGGCCGAGGCCUUCAGCGACCGCCCGCGCAUGCCGCUGGUCUCCCGAGUGACCAAGGAGAAGGGAGUUGUAUUCGCACGUUAUGGUCCAGUCUGGAGACAACAGAGGAAGUUCUCUCAUUCAACUCUUCGUCAUUUUGGCUUAGGAAAGCUUAACUUGGAGCCCAAGAUUAUUAAGGAGUUCAAAUAUGUGAAGGAGGAAAUGCAAAAACAUGGAGGAGACCCCUUCAAUCCUUUCCCCAUUGUCCACAAUGCUGUCUCUAACAUCAUUUGCCUCAUGUGUUUUGGCCGGCGCUUUGAUUACAACAAUAGUGAGUUUAUGAAAAUGCUUACUUUUAUGUCACGAGGGUUAGAAAUCUGUCUGAACAGCCAGCUUCAACUGGUCAACAUAUGUUCCUGGCUUUAUUAUCUUCCUUUCGGACCAUUUAAGGAAUUAAGGCAAAUUGAAAAUGAUAUUCUCGGUUUCCUUAGAAGAAUAAUCAAAGAACAUCGAGAAUCUCUGGACACUGAGAACCCACGGGACUUCAUAGACAUGUACCUUCUCCAUGUGGAUGAAGAGAAGAAAAACAACAGCAAUAGUAGUUUUAAUGAAGAUUACUUACUUUAUAUCAUUAGUGAUCUCUUCAUUGCUGGGACUGAUACCACGACUAACUCUUUGCUUUGGUGCCUUCUGUAUAUGUCACUGUACCCUGACAUACAAGUAAAGGUUCACGAGGAAAUUGAAAGGGUCAUUGGUGCUGACCGAGUCCCUUCCUUCACUAACAAGGCCCAGAUGCCCUUUACAGAAGCCACCAUCAUGGAGGUGCAGAGGCUGACAAUGGUGGUGCCACUUUCCAUUCCACAUAUGACCUCGGCGAAAACAGUGCUCCAAGGUUAUACUAUUCCUAAAGGCACAGUGAUACUACCCAACUUGUGGGCAGUGCACAGAGACCCAGCCAUUUGGGAGAAACCUAAUGAUUUCAACCCUACUCGAUUUCUGGAUGAGCAAGGACAACUUAUUAAAAGAGAAACAUUUAUUCCUUUUGGGAUAGGGAAGCGGGUGUGUAUGGGAGAGCAGCUGGCAAAGAUGGAACUAUUCCUGACGUUUGUGACCCUGAUGCAGAGUUUCACAUUCGCUUUACCUAAGGAUUCUGAGAAGCCCAAUCUGACUGGAAAAUAUGGUCUAACUUUAGCCCCGAAUCCGUUUAAAAUAAUCAUUUCAAAGAGAUAA